CAAUAGCUACGGUGUAGAUUUUUUGAUCGUAUACGUUCCUUUAUCAAAUAUACACCAACAACAAUUGAAAAGCAUGCAAAGUUGUUAAACGCGAAUACAGGAGGAAUGCUUUAGUUAUCGAACAUUAAAAUGAAUAAUAAAUUAGAGUUCAAUAACUUGGUUGUCACCAACAAGAAGAAGAUACAACAAGUAAAGACGAAGACCAUUCAGAAAUUGGUUCAAAAAAUUAAGAAACUUAAGUAUUUAUUGGAUAAAAACCCUGAAAAUGACAAGAAUAAGGAACGCUUUCGCAAAGCUACUUUAUGUCUAGAGGAAUUGAAGAAAUUGAAGUGCAUUGCUCUGAUGAAACGCGUUUUAAUGCUGGAAAAAUCUCCAUCAGCGAUUUUAACGAAUGGAUUAUCCUUACCGGAUGAAGUGGCUGUUGCAAUGGUUACUGUCAAUAAGUUUAUGGAAGAGCUUGUCAAGGUUUUCAGAGAAAAAUUAGGAAUUUCAAACGAUAAUAAAAACUGGAAAAAGGAGUUAAUGCAAGCGAGUAAAAAAGAAAUUAAGGCAAUUAAAACGGAGAAGAAACGAAAAAGUCGUCAAAUUUUAAAAGAACAAAAAGCCCUAUCUCGCAAACGUACGGAGUGGUUGAAAAAUCGAAAUAGUACACAAAACGUAGAAAAUAUUAAUGAGCAAAACAACAAAAUGGUAAUUGAAAAAAAUGAUGAGGGUGCUAACGUAUCUACGCUAGGUUAUUGGAAAAUAGAGGAAAUUGACGACAAACCUCCGGUUAAGAGGGAAAUAGGAAAAGUAAAAGUAAAAGAGUCGAAAGAACAACCAAUUAAUAAAAAACGUAAAAAAUCCCAGGAAAAUAUUAUCGAUAUUUUUGAUAAUGAAGAUCAGCAAUCCCCUAAAUCAGAGGAAAUUAAAAACCAUUCUAAAAAGAUCCAUGCGGAAGAAUCACCUGAAUGUUUAAAUACUCCUUUUGUAAUCAACUACGGAGAUAACAAUGAUUUAGAAAAAACUGAUAUUGAAGAAAAUGUGACGCACGUUAUUGAUCCAUUCUUUAUCACAGAUAGUGGUGAAAAUUACCGGUCUUCUGCUGUUGUCGUUCGUAAUGGGAAAGUUGUUGACCCGCAAAUCUCUCAAAAAACUCUAGAUAUAGGAUCAUUUGAACAUAAGCAAAGAAAAUCUACCGAUAUUUACAGAAACCAUCCAAAAAAUAAUAAUUAUGGAGUAAGUAAUGCAAAAGAAAGAAUUUCGCACAAAUCUUUUCGAGAGACGGUUAAGGAAAACAAAACGGAAGGGUUGCAUCCAUCUUGGGCGGCAAAACAGAAACAUAAAACCGUUAUAGGCUCCUUUCAAGGCAAGAAAAUUAAAUUUGAAGAUGACAACAAUCAAGUCGAGGAUAUCUAUGAUAAUUCAAAAGCAAUCAAAUCAGAUAGUCAGUAUAAAACGCAUUUAUCAGCAAACAUUAGAAAAAAUGAUCAUAAAGCAAAAGAUUUGCAUCCUUCUUGGGCUGCAAAACAGAAAUUGAAUGCGACCAUAACUGAUUUUAAAGGGAAGAAAAUAACGUUUGGAGAUGAAGAGGUGUUGCAAUCCAGUUCUGUUCAUAUUAACGCACCAUUAGAGCUUGAAAGCCUAAAUACAACCAAAGGACUCCAUCCCUCAUGGUUAGCAAAACAGAAACAAAAACCAACAAUAACUACUUUUCAGGGGAAAAAGACGACUUUUCAAGACGAUGAAUAAACACUUCCACGCUCGACCAACUUUCACUUCAUUUUCUGACCAGUUUUUGGGAUCAUCAAAAAAUUCCAUCAGAUCUCGGCAUGGACUGGUACAAUGGAAUGAUCGCGCACUCAAAUCAACCAAAGGAGCAUUCUGAUAUAUUUGUUGUUGCUGGCAUUGUAUUCUGCGAUUACAAGAAUCAGGUUAUGUAAAUGAAAUUAUUUUAUAAAUGACAAUUCAAGAAUUAUUUUACCUGUUCAAUAAUAAAGGAGUCACACAUUUAUUUGAGAUACUCGUACAAACGAAUUUUACAGUUUUUGCCGCAUUCAAUAUUUUUAAAACCGAACUCAUUUUCCUCUUAAAAGUAUUAUUAAUGCAUGAAGCAAUUCCGACAAAACAGCUGUUUUACAUUUAUGGUUUAAUAUGACUUAUGAAUUCACAAUAACCACCUAUUUAAUUUACAACAUUACACAAUUUAAAUAAAAAAUUUCAGAUUAUUACCUAUAGAACUCAGUAUCAUUAGUUAGUAGUAUUAGUCCAUAAAUUAAUUUUACAUUAUAUGACAAUUGUUCUGAUUCAAUCAGAACCUUAAACAUUAUUGAGUCGCUCCGAUAUGAGUGCUUAUAAGCCUUAAUUUUUAGGUUCUUUACACCAUUCACAGUAUACUUUUCACGGUUAUCAACACUGUAAUACUUCGGGUAGCAUUCAAUAUUCCGCCAUUUUUCAUUUUCUCUAUCUGUCGGCGUUGUUCUUGAGAAACAUUUAAACACAGUCAAUUUUUAUGCAAAAAACUAUAAAACAAAUAGUUCCAACAGAAUAAUACAUCAUAGAGUUGAAUAACAUUUAAAAAGUGCAAAUUACGUGAAAUUCACAAAUUGU